CAAGGUGCCGGGCUCUCCCUCAAGGGGGCUUUCUGUUACAACAACACAUCGGGGAAUAUAAAUCCAUGUCUCGCUCAUACUUAGUCUCGACCCAGCAUCGCAGAGGACCUUGUGGUUGAAGCUGCCUGAUCUGAUCCCAAAUCACCAUGUGCGACGACGAGGAAACAACCGCCCUGGUGUGCGACAACGGUUCGGGUCUGGUGAAGGCUGGAUUCGCCGGAGAUGAUGCCCCCCGCGCCGUCUUUCCCUCCAUCGUUGGCCGCCCCCGCCAUCAGGGUGUCAUGGUGGGUAUGGGUCAGAAGGAUUCCUAUGUAGGUGAUGAGGCCCAGAGCAAGAGAGGCAUCUUGACUCUAAAGUAUCCCAUCGAGCAUGGUAUCAUCACCAACUGGGACGAUAUGGAAAAGAUCUGGCAUCACACCUUCUACAAUGAGCUCCGUGUGGCACCUGAAGAACAUCCAACACUUCUUACUGAGGCUCCUCUGAACCCCAAGGCUAACCGUGAGAAAAUGACCCAAAUCAUGUUUGAGACCUUUAACGUGCCAGCCAUGUAUGUGGCUAUCCAGGCCGUCCUGUCACUGUAUGCAUCUGGACGUACCACAGGUAUUGUUCUGGACUCGGGUGAUGGUGUCACUCACAAUGUCCCAAUCUAUGAGGGGUAUGCGCUGCCUCAUGCCAUUAUGCGUCUGGACCUGGCUGGUCGGGAUCUGACCGACUAUCUCAUGAAGAUCCUCACUGAACGUGGUUAUUCCUUUGUGACAACCGCUGAGCGUGAGAUUGUCCGUGAUAUCAAGGAGAAGCUAUGCUACGUCGCCCUGGACUUUGAGAAUGAAAUGGCCACUGCAGCUUCUUCAUCUUCCCUAGAGAAGAGCUACGAGUUGCCCGAUGGUCAGGUCAUCACCAUUGGUAAUGAGCGUUUCCGUUGUCCAGAGACUCUCUUCCAACCAUCUUUCAUUGGUAUGGAGUCUGCAGGUAUCCAUGAAACUACCUACAACAGCAUCAUGAAGUGUGACAUUGACAUCCGUAAGGACCUAUAUGCCAACAAUGUCUUGUCCGGUGGUACCACCAUGUAUCCAGGUAUCGCUGACCGCAUGCAGAAGGAAAUCACUGCCCUGGCCCCCAGCACCAUGAAGAUCAAGAUCAUUGCCCCACCUGAACGUAAAUAUUCCGUCUGGAUCGGAGGCUCAAUCCUGGCUUCUCUGUCCACCUUUCAGCAGAUGUGGAUCAGCAAGCAGGAGUACGAUGAAGCUGGCCCCUCCAUUGUUCAUCGCAAAUGCUUCUAAACAUCAUGACUUUAACUUAGUUUCAUCUCAGGUUAACAAGGUUGUGCCUCUGGUUACUUUGAAUCAACAGGCCAUUGGGAAACACAAAAUAGUUUUUAAACUAUUUGCAUUGUACAGUUUGUUUACACAUGUGCAAUUUAUUUGUGACAAUAAUAUUUAUUGAUCUAUGAAUAAAACAAGACCGGGACUUGCAA